CGCGGCUUGAUUUCACUUGGCCCUCUAGCGUUGUUUGGUCAAUCCUCUCUCUCCCUUCCCCAUCUCCCCGUACCCCAAACCCUAGGACGCAGCGCCGCCGCCGUAGCACCCCCACACGCAGCAAGAUGAGGCCGCGCGGCAGGGGCGACGACGUCGAAGACGACGAGGAUGAGUACGAGGACAUCACGCCCCCUCGAAGAACGCCAGAGCCUGAGGCCGACCCCGUCCGCUCGCCCUCGCCCUCGCCCGCUCCUGCCCCCGCCCCACCACAUCCCGCGCGUGCCCCUCUCAGCAGUCUCGUUGUCAGGCCGCCGCCGCAGCAACAGGAGAACGGCGGCGGAUCCUCCCCGCCCUCAUCCUCCGCCCGCUCGCUUUCUCCCAGCACCGGCGGACACCGAGGCCGCGGGGCCUCGCCCCCGCGGCGACGGCGGGACUUCUCACCGCCGCCUCCCCGUGGUUGGGUGAGGCGCCGGUCGCCGCUGCCGCCACCGCCGGAGAGGCGGCGUCCUGGGAGCCCGCCGCCCCAGCGCCGACGCUUCAGCCCACCGCCCCGGUCCCACCUACCGCGGCAUCCGCGCUUCCACGAUGAGCAGGAAGGAUAUGGAAUGCAUGCAGGCCCUUCGCCACCACGCAGAGCAGAAGCCAGCAAAUUUGAUGAUGAUGUUAGUCCACGUUACACUCAUGGAUAUCAAGGGGGUGGUAGAGGAGGUGCAAGGUUCCGAGAGGGUCCUCCACCAUAUGGAAGAGGUAGAUCAUAUGGGAGAGGUUAUGGUGCUCCACAUGGAAAGGAUUUGAUUAAUAUUGAUGGAGAAUAUGUUCACCGAAAUGACCCAAAUCUGUCGCCAAGAGAAGGUGAUUGGAUAUGCCAGAACCCUAAUUGUGGAAAUCUCAAUUUUGCUCGGCGAACUCACUGUAACAACUGCAACAAGUUCCGCUAUUCAGCACGUGAAGCAUAUGAACCUAGGCGCAGCCCUCCCUUCAGGAGUUACCCCAGCCCUCCACGAGGGCCUCCAAGGAUGGUUGGUCCACCUGGUGAUCGAGCCCCUGCAAGAGAGAUGGCCAGGUACAGAUCCCCACCUCAUGGUUGGGGAGCAAGUGAUCCCAGGGCAUAUGCAGGUCGAUCCCCUCCAGAACGUGCAGGACGGUUUACAGAUCCAUCAACUAAGGGAAGAAUGGGCUUCCGUGGUGAGCGUGACCCAAGGGACCGUGUGAAAUAUGAGUGGUCUGCCACUGAUGACUACGUUCAGAGGGAGCGCCCAUAUGAUGGUUAUCUUGACAGGAGUCGGCGUCGCUCAGGAUCUCCUCGUGGUAACUGGGGAAAUGAUCUGCGUGACAGAAGCCGCUCUCCUGCACGGAACAGGCCUAUGAAGAGUUCCUUCACCGGAAGAGGUCGACCUGACGACUAUGCUGCUGAUCCAUAUGGCAGCCGAGGGAGACCCAAUGGUAUGGAGGCCGGCCGUGGGCGUGGGCAUGCUUACAGAGCAGGCAGUGGUCCGUACCCUGGUGAGACUCGAGGUGACCAACGCGCUGCUCCACGCGCUAGGAACGAGGAUGGCUAUUAGAUCUUCAUGAAGCUGAGUGACGUCAUUUUGUCUUUGUUGGUCAGGAAAGGAGAACCUUAGUCAAGCUGGAGCUUGAGAAUAUCUGCAGCUUGUAAUAUUAAAGAUCGUGCACACAUCCUGUUCCUGCA